CGGAGCGGAGCGCAGCGAUGGGGUCCGGCUGGGUGCUCGGCUUGGGGCUGCUCCUGGGGGUCCUCAGGGGAGCCGUGAAUGGGGGCCACUCCCUGCGCUAUUGCCAAGUCUCGGUGUUGGAGGCCAGCCCGGAGCUGCCUCAGUUUCUCUCCGUGGGCUACGUGGAUGGGGUCCCCAUCAGCCGCUACGACAGUGAGACGAGGAGGGCAGAGCCCCUGGCCGGGUGGAUGAAGGCCAACCUGAACCAGGACUAUUGGGACGGCCAGAGCCAGGCUCGGCAGAGCAGCCAGGAGGUUAACCUCCUGAACCUCGACAGGCUGAGGAAGAGAUACAACCACAGCGGCACUGCCCACAGCUGGCAGACCACCUACGGCUGCGAGCUGCUGGUGGAUGGCAGCAGCAGGGGGAGCUGGCGGAGCGCCUACGACGGGAGAGACUUCCUGGCCUUGGAGCAGGACUCCCCCGGCUUCGUGGCCCGGCAGCCCAACCCGGACCAGGUGGUCCUGGCCACCAAGGAGGAGUGGGAGAGGGAGGGGACCAUGGCCGAGGAGUGGAGGCACUACCUGGGGGAGGUCUGUGUAGAGUGGCUGAAGAGAUACCUGCUGUUUGGACAGGAGGAGCUGGAGAGGAGAGUCCCUCCUACAGUGGUGGUGACCAAGAAGAAGACCCAGAGAGCCCUGACCUUGUCCUGCCACCUGUAUGGCUUCUACCCGCGGCCCAUCGGCGUCAGCUGGCUGAAGGGGGCCGAGGUGCGGGACCAGGACACCCAGCGGGGCAGCAUCGUCCCCAACAGCGACGGCAGCUUCUCCACCUGGGCCUCCAUCGAGGUGCUGCCGCAGGAGCAGGAGCUCUACCGCUGCCGGGUGGAGCACUCCAGCCUGCCCCAGCCCCGCCUCUACCCCUGGGGGCCGCCUCCGCUGUCCACGAUGCUGGCGACGGUCGCGGCGGUGGUCGUCGCCUUCGUCGCCGUCGUCGGGAUCGGCGUCGCCGUCUGGAAGCGGCAGCCAGGUGCCGGGCAGCAGGAGAAAGGCUACGUCCCCCUGGUAGAUGUCGCCGGGCAGAUUCCUCUUGCUGAGAAAACGAAAGCAGCGGAGUGCGGCGCCGGGGGAAGCAGGGACAGGGCACAGCCGAGACCCCCUCCCCGGACCCCGCCACCAGCCGGGACCAUCGUCCCUGGGCAGAGUAAGGAGAGUGGAGAGCGUGAGGGAGGCAAGAGCGGCGCUGCCGCGGGGGCUGCCGGGAUCGUGGAGGCUCCGCUGCGGGUGGGGCCCAGCUGCGGCGGGAGGACCGGGAGCGGCCUGGCGGAGGAGUAA